CGGUGCAUUUUUUCCAGGUCUGUUUGGACGUGUGCUACUAGAAAAAAAAUGGCCACCGACAAGCAAAAUGAAGGAAAAAUAUUACCUAUGGACGAGAAUAAAGAAAAUACAACGGAAGAUGGAAUAGGGCUGGAGAUUCUCCAGAUCAUCAAGGAUUCCCAGCAACAACAUGGCUUGCGACACGGGGAUUAUCAAAGAUACAGGGGAUACUGCUCCCGGCGCUUGCGUCGUUUGCGCAAGACCCUGGGCUUCAAGUGCGGUAACAGGCACAAGUUCACUGGGAAGAAAGUGACUGUCGAGAUGCUCUCUGACAACCGGUACUCUGACAACAGGUAUCUACUCCUGGUACUGAUGGAGGCUGAGAGGGCGUGGAGCUAUGCCAUGCAGCUGAAGCAGGAGGCCAACACAGAGCCCCGCAAGCGCUUCCACCUGCUGUCCCGCCUGCGGAAGGCCGCCAAACAUGGAGAGAGGCUGGAGAAGCUGUGCGAGAGCCCUCGUGUGGAUGCCAAGACCAAACUGGAAGCACAGGCCUACACCUCCUACCUGAGUGGCAUGGUGCGCUUUGAGCUGCAGGAGUGGAAGGCUGCCACAGAGGCCUUCAACAAGUGCAAGACCAUCUAUGAGAAGCUGGCCAGUGCCUUUACUGAGGAGCUGGCAGUGCUGUAUCACCAGCGUGUGGAGGAGAUCUCACCCAACAUCCGCUACUGUGCUUACAACAUCGGUGACCAGAACGCCAUGAAUGAGCUGAUGCAGAUGAGGCUCAGUGCAGGAGGAGGAGGAGGCAUGAUGGCUGAGAAACUAGAGGCCCUGAUCACACAGACGAGAGCCAAGCAGGCAGCCACCAUGAGCGAGGUGGAGUGGCGAGGCCGAACAGUGCCCGUCAAGAUCGACAAGGCUCGCAUUUUCCUGCUGGGCCUGGGAGACAACGAGGCCGCCAUCGCCCAGGCAGCCAAUGAGGAGACCAAGGAACGUCUGUACGAGACCCUACUAGCCGAGUGCAGAGACACCAUCCAGGCUGUGAGAGAGGAGCUGAAGACUGAAGCGAAGCAGCGAGAGAGAUCUGAUGAAGCCAGUGGCAAGGUGUCCAACCUGCAGUUCCUGCACAGCUACCUGACCUACAUCAAGCUGUGGACGGUGGUGAAGAGGAACGAGAGCAUGGCCCACAUGCUGCAGGCCAAGCUGAAGGAGCCGCAGACAGACGAGAACAAAAGGGGCCCUCGCCCCCAGGACCUCAUCCGCCUGUACGACAUCAUCCUCCAGAGUCUGGCUGAGCUGUCCACCCUGCAGGGGCUGGAGGAAGAUCACACGUUCCAGAAGGAGGUGGCCCUCAAGAUGCUGGUCUACAAGGCCUACAGGUGUUUUUUCAUAGCCCAGUCGUACGUGCUGGUGAAGAAGUGGAGCGAAGCUCUGGUCCUGUAUGAGCGGGUCCUGAAGUACGCCAAGGAGGUCCAGUCCAAGGCUAAGAGCCUCAACAACAGCCUCAAGGAUCUGCCUGAUGUGCAGGAGCUGAUCACAGAGGUCAACGCUGAGAAAUACUCGCUUCAGGCGGCGGCCAUCUUAGACACAGAGGAUGCUCCUGAAGCACCGUCUCAGCAGAAGGUGCAAGACAACACGCCUCUGUGUGAGCGUCUGGAGACCUUCCACCUGGACCCCACCCUGGUGGGGAAGCAGCCCAACCUGGUCCAGUUCCCCCCCGACUUCCAGCCCAUCCCCUGUAAGCCCCUCUUCUUUGAUCUGGCACUCAACCACGUGGCCUUCCCACCCCUCGACGACAAGGUGGAGCAGAAGGGCAAGGGCGGCCUGACCGGCUACAUCAAGGGCAUCUUCGGCUUCGGCAGCUAAAUCGAGUCCCAGGCUUUGGUGAGGCCUUCAGGUUGGAAGCAGCCAUGGUCCCCCAUGAUAUUGAUAAACCGGCUGAGUGGGUUUCUUGAAAACUUUCUCCGUCUCCACCUGAACUGUGGAAACAACGUCUGUGUCUGGAAAUGGUACCCUGUUCCCUUAUGUAGUAGACAACUUGGUCAAAACUAGUGCACUGCAUAGGGUAUAGAGUGCCAUUUCAAAAGCUACCAGUUUGAGACUUCGUGUUCUAGAGGUUUCCAGGCCUUGUCUUUGUUCCCUUCAACCACCCCCAACACACUUUACAGAGGGAAACAAACCCAAUUGACUUUUCAUUUUCAACUCGUAAAAGCGCCUUCAUGUACUCCGUCUCGAUGUCAGUAUACAGGAGGGAGGGAGAGGAAGUGUUGUCCCAAUCACUAUCAAAAAGGACAAACCGUAUAAAUGCAGGCACACAGGGUAAAUCCGCGACCAAGCCGUGAUGUCUCAAACCACGUUCAUUUCUGAUCGUGGUCAUACUGUCGAAAUCACCUCUGUAUUGCCUCAACUGUCUCAUGACUGUAAUAUCUAGAUUGUGAGACAAGUUCUCAAUAUAGAGAAUAAUGUAUCCGUCUGUCUUGUCCUGCACACCAUUGUGGCACCAAUACGUCUCUGCAUGGUUGACAGUUAACGUUAGACAUCAGGAUUGAAAUGGUCCUGUUAAUUUCCUUAUACAACAAUGGGGUUCAGUGGCCAAUGACUUUAUAUUCGGUACAGGAAAGGACUCUAUAACGUGUUUCAUAUUCUCUAAUGAUAUGACUUUUUAAAACAUUCUGUGUGUGACAAAAGACAGAAUGACCUUUUGAGGUCAAAGGGGACUGCUUAGGAUUCAUUUUGGCCUCACCCCCGAAAGUCUAGGAGGCAGCGUUCAUGAACUUCUGUCCAAAACAACCCUAGUAUGUCUAGAAAUUGUGUUUUAGUACACACUACUACAUUGUAUCAGUUGGCUCCUAUUCUAACAGGUUUUAAAUGGGAGGGAGCGGCACCCUUUUUGAGUGGCUAACACCUCUUCAGCUUUUCCAGUACCAAAGCCAGUUCUGUAAUCAAGAGCCUUUAGCUAUUCAAUGGACCUUCAUAUUUGCGUUUGCCUAUGAUGACAAACCGUGUUCUCAACUACAGGUUGUCAAUUUACCUUCUGUCCUCUCUUCAAUCUAACUCUUUGUUUUCUCUUUAAUUCGGGGUUAUAUAAGUCUUGUACUUUUUACUUCAAUUAUUUUUUUUUGUUUCCCAAUGUUAUGUAUUAAUGAACAGGAUUUGGGUGAUGAUGCGUGUUGGAAUGGUUUCACGCAUCAUCAACCAUAAUGCCUGAAAAAUGAAUUCUGUGAACAUGAUUUGAAACUGAGGUGUUGAAAGAGAAAAUUCUGAAAUGGAUGAUGAAAUGGAUCGUUUUCAGGCUUCUAAUUAAAAAAAACGAGACACGUGCGGCAAACAUGACCAGAGUUUGUCCUUUUUUCACUCAUACCUAACUUCUCUUGAACGUGUCAAGAUGUUAUAAUUUGGCUUUUUGUCAUUCUCAGUCACUUUUUAGUUUGUGACUGAUACUGACUUUAUACUGUAGCUUAGCUUCAAUUGCCAACCUCUAUCACACAGACUUUAUAAGUCUGCUGUUUAUAAUUAAGUAAUAAGGCACGAGAGGGUGUGUGUUUGGCCAAUAUGCCACGGCUUAAGGCUGUUAGGCGCAUCGCGGAGUGGACACAGCCCUUAGCCAUGGUAUAUUGGCCAUAAACCACAAACCCCCAAAUUGGUUAACAACUUAAUUAGAGCAGUAAAAUGUUUUGUCAUACUCAUUGUAUACGGUCUGAUAUACCACGGCUGUCAGCCAAUCAGCAUUCAGGGCUUGAACCCAGUUUUAUGGUAGUGCUUUUGGCACAGAAGCCUAUUAGUGUAGUUUCAUGAUUAUAGGCUGUUGUGUCAGGUGUGGGUGUGUGAGCAGCAUGAGAUGCCUGUGUUGGGUGUGUGUGUUUCGGUCCCAGCCAGGCGUACAGGUGCUACAUGUUAACAACUUUCAAAGCUAAUCAGCCUCCUCCCACCACCUAACGUUUUUUCCUUGAUCACUUAUCGGUAACCAACAGCUGGGCUCUCAUCACGAGCUGGUAUGUGCUGUCCACCAUGCACACUUCAGACACCAUGAAAUGCAUUCUAACCUCGUAUGGGUCAUUUUGUGUGUUUUGAUAAUAGCCCAUGAUCAGGAGUCAUCAUCAGUGUGAUGAGUAGAUGAUUAUGAUGUGCUGUUUGUCUGUUGAAUCACUUUCCUUCUACUGUAAACAUAUCUAUAUAGGGUUAUGUACAUAUAUAUAUAUAUAUAUAAAAUGGCUAAUCACAAUACUACUGUGCGUUAAAUUAGAUAAUGUGGCACACCCCUGUAUUAGGCUACAUGUAUUACACCAUCGCUGUAUUUCACCCCUGUAUACACACAAUCACACACACCUAUGUUUAUUGUUUUCCCAUGCACUCUUACUGCAGCUGUUGCCUUAGGAACCUUGAGGUUGGCAGUUCCUCCAAGUUUCACCCAUCUCUUGUGUUCCUUGUACUCCACCCAAACACCUACACGGUAUGACAGUGUGACAACUGAGUUUUCCUCAUGGUUAUGACAAAGUCAUAUGAGAUGUGGUAUGGCAUCCAUAAAAGGAAAUUGACAACUCCCUCAUGAAAUAUUUCCCCCCUCAUGGCCAUUCCUGAGGAAGGCAAAUGUUGAGGGCAUUACCAAAACACCUCAGGUAACACCUGAAUUAGCAUAAACAAUAACGGUUAUUAUCAAUCAAUAGGCAAAUAAUAGCCUGGUUAAACCGACCUGAACAUGACGUGACAUCAAGUAAAACAAUGGGCAGCACAAUGUUUAGUCUAGUUCAUCCAGGCUGUAGGCAAAUAAUUCCUUAAUGGUCCCAGUUGCUGUUUGACAGUAAAGUAAUUUUAUUUGGUUGUACAUAAGUCGAAACUUCACAAAAAUAUAAACGCAACAUGUAAAGUGUUGGUCCCAUGUUUAAUGAGUUGAAAUAAAAUAUCCCAGAAAUGUUCCAUA